AUGUCUGUGAUGCCCAGUAACUUUUCCAUGAAUGGGACUAGUCCGGGGAUGGAAAGCCCCAUUAAGGACGCGACUCCCAACCGACCAAGACCGUUAACGGUCUUCUUCCUCUGCUUAACAUUUGCGAUGACUAUCACAGCGCUGGUGGGAAGCAUUUAUUCCUUAGCUUCCCUGCUGAAAAUGCCAAACAAGACGGUGCUCUCCAUGAUGGUGGCCUCUUGGUCCGUGGACGACCUGAUCAGUGUCCUGCCCAUGACCAUCUUCCUGUUUCUGCAGUGGCCAAAAGACAGUCCCAGGGACUCCCAGCCCCUGUGCGCCACGUCCGCCUUUCUCUACCUCUUCCAGGGCAUCUCUAGCAACCUCAAGGCUUCAGUUAUAGUUUCCUACAACUUUUACACGCUACACAGAAGUGUGGGGAGCCCUGGCGCGGCCGGCCAGCCCCGCGCUCUUCUCGGCACUCUGCUCGCCAUCUGGGUGGCCAGCCUGCUCCUGUGCACUCUCCCCCUCUGGGGCUGGGGUGCCUUCGUUCGCACGCCUUGGGGGUGUCUAGCAGACCGGAACAGCUCCCUGCUGCUGUUUGUAGUCUACUCGCUCAGCUUCUGCGUUCUGGCCGGAUUCUCCGUCCCGCUCACUUACCAGCUGCUGUGCUCUGACCAGCUGCCGAGAUUUCGAGUCAAUUACCAGGAAAUCUCCCGCGGAGGAGGUUUCACGCCGUGCACCCCUCCGUCCCGGGGCGGCGCCCUCCUCAGCACCCCGGAGGAUCCCCAGGCCUCCACAGUGCAAUACCACAGGGGAGCAGGACGUACCUUGAGCUCAGAGGCUGCCUUUGGCCUGGGUCUACCGGCAGGGCAGGGGCCCAGGACAGGGACCGAGGCAGGGGCCAGAGGCUGCAGGCGGCCUGAGCGCGAGCAGGGGGGCGUCCAGCGCGGCAGCCGAAGCUUCACCGUGAGCAUAGCCCAGAAGCGAUUUUCCCUGAUUCUGGCGCUGACCAAGGUCGUCCUUUGGCUUCCAAUGAUGAUCCACAUGGUGGCCCGGAGCACCCCGGAGUUCCAGAGCCUCUCCUUCGAGCUCUUCAGCUUUCUGUUGACUUCCCUGGCGGCCACCGUGACCCCAGUGUUCGUCUUGUCUGAACGCUGGACCCACCUGCCCUGUGGCUGUAUCAUUAACUGCCCGCAGAACUCCUAUGCGGUGGCUUCGGAGGAGACCAAAACUAAAAGGAAAGGCUUUGAAUUCAACUUAUCAUUCCAACACAGUUAUGGCAUUUAUAAGAUAGCCCGUGACAAUCAAUAUGAUGAAGAUGAUGAUGAAAACUCCAUAGCAUAUCAUAACUUGAUGGAUUAUGAAUGUGGACCCCUAAGAGAAACACAGAAAGAUUCCAGUAGCUUCCUCCAUGCUAUAAAAGUAGAAUUCAGCACCACACCUUCUCAGGACAGCUCCAUGCUUCCAGAUAUCAGCAAAAGCACAAACACAGUUAGCACUGAAACAAAUCAGGACUUUGACAGAGACAAGGGCAUUGAUCAGGUGCUGACUGACAAGACAACAGUAUUUGUAACAGAAGAUACCAGAAACUUUGAAAAAUCUACCUUUUUGGAAGGGCCAGAAAGAAGGCUUUCACAUGAGGAGAGUCACAAACCAGAACUUUCAGACUGGGAAUGGUGCAGAAGCAAAUCUGAAAGAACUCCUCGUCAGAAAUCUGGCGGUGCUCUCGCUAUUCCUUUGUGUGCAUUUCAAGGGACUGUAUCUCUUCAUGCCCCCACAGGGAAGACCUUGUCUCUCUCCACCUACGAGGUGAGCGCAGAAGGGCAAAAAAUAACCCCGGCAGCCAAGAAAAUCGAAGUCUAUCGAUCCAAGAGCGUGGGCCACGAGCCAAACCCCGAGGAUUCGCCCACCACUUUCCCGGACACCAGUGUCAAGAUCCACUUGGAAGUGUUGGAAAUCUGUGACAAUGAAGAAGCAAUGGACACUGUGUCCAUCAUCAGCAACAUCAGCCAGUCCUCCACCCAAGUCAGGUCUCCAUCUCUACGCUAUUCCCGGAAAGAAAAUCGUUUCGUUUCCUGUGAUUUGGGGGAGACCGCCUCUUACUCCCUCUUCAUUCCCACAAACAAUCCUGACAGCGACAUCAAUAUAUCCAUUCCGGACACCGUGGAGGCACACAGGAAGAACAGUCAGAAGCAGCAUCUGGAAAGAGAUGGCUAUCAGGAAGAAAUUCAGCUGCUAAAUAAAGCUUACAGGAAAAGGGAAGAAGAAGGCAAGGGAAGCUAA